CCUCAUUCGCAAACAGAGCCCAGGAAUGGCCCGCCUUAAGUCAGACUGCUUGGUGGUGUCCCGGCUCAACGCAAUCAAAACAGUGCUUCCCGCCGACAACUAGCGCGAACGGACCGAACAGUAAGAACAACAGAUUUCGUCGCAUGCUGCGGCAGCUGCUGCUUGACCAAAAUCACCCAUUGAUGCGCAUCCGUGAUAGAGUCUUGAACAAACAGAUUCAACGUAUCCUGAAUGGGGACAUGCAAGCCAACAAUAUAUUGUCACAUAAGCUAUUUCUCCAUUUCAUGCACAUCAAUGCAUGUGAGAAACUGAUAAAAUUCAUAAGUGAA